AAUGCACCGCAAUGCACCACAAAUGUGAAUCCUCCAAAUGAUGAGAAGCAGUCGUUCAAUGUGAAUGAGUUUGAUCCCAUUCUUCCGGGAAUAGGCUGUGUUUGGGACUUGGCAUCUGCAGCUAACAAACGCAUUCAAAUUACUUUGGAAUCACAUUCGUCUGAAACGGCAACGCAAUGUGUAGUGAUUGGUAAUGAGGACAUGACCGAUGCAAAAGAAAUUUGUCGCAAUGAACAGAGCAAUACGUUCACAUCUACCGGGAAAGGCGUCCUGAUCGUGUAUGAUGGAGAAACGUCACAGAGUAACAGUCAAGAAAACUUCAAAAUACACUAUCAAUUCGGUCAGUUUCACAAAUCCGUUAACUUUGUGGUUAUUGUUGAAAAUGUGGUAAUGCUCAUAGAUGAUAGGAACUCACCUGCACAUGUGCAAACGUUGCUUCACGAGCGUCAGGCAUAA